UUUCAAACUCAUUUUAAAAGUUGCUUGCACAAGCUAGUUAAACGAGUAGAGUUUCAUGAAGAUCACUUUAGUGUACAUGUUUGGUUGUGUUUUAGUGUUCGCUGCCGUCAGUGAUGUCUGAUGGCGGCGAGUGUGGGAGAUGCUAAUGCGGAUGAGCUGCCGUCUAUGUUGUGGGGUCUGGACCCCGUGUUUUCCUCCUAUUGCAGACUCUACAUCACUGACAUCCUACUGAUGAAAGAGUCCAGACAAGUACCUGGGAUUUAUUUCUACAAGACUCACCCCAUCUUCCAGGUGGAUGUAUUGGGAAUUGUUGUUUACAAGCGGGAGAGAGAGGAUUUCUAUUGCUAUGGAGUGGACGACAGUACCGGGGUCAUUAAUUGUCUUUGUUGGAAAGAUGAGAAAUGGCGGGAUCAAGGCGAUUCAACAACAAGUGGAGAUGCUAGCGGAUCUUCCAGGAGCUUUAACAUUGAGGAUGAACUCAAACGGCUGAAGGAGGCUGAACGUAAGAGCACCGUGCUGGAGAUCGGAGACCUGCUGAGAGUGCGAGGGACUGUGAAAACCUCCAGAGAUACCAGGGAAAUCAAGGCCACCUCCUUUUAUAAAGUACAUGACCCUGCGAUGGCAGUGCAGAUCUCACAUAUGCUGGAACUGCCUCAGCUUUACAGAAAGUGCUAUGAUCAGCCAUUCAAGAUGCCGACUGAAGACCUGGGAAGCGCAGAAGCAGGUGGUUCCUCACAUCCACACCAUCUGCUGUCUCGGGCUGUUCUCACCCUUAAGGGGUUCCUCUUAGAGAAAGAGGUGACCAGGUUUCGUCCUUAUGAUGUUGAGUUCCUCCUACAUCCACUGAUGCAAAGAUCUUCAGGAGAACAGGAGGCAGAUCAGCCCGGGACGUCAUUUGCCACGCAAGUUCAAAAACUUCUAAAAGAGACCCUGAGUGUCCUCCAGGAUGAAGGACAAAUAUUUCGCAAAAAGCGCACCCAGGAUGAAGUCUACAAUGUAACAGAACAAGACAAAGAUCUUCAUAUAGCAAUUAAGGAUGUUUUACGGGAAGAUACCAAACGCGAAAAAUAUGCAGAGAAAGGAUGCCAUGUCCUUCAUAUACUGUCCAGCGUGAGACAGCGCUACAGCCAGAAUCUGAGUCGAGAGGUGCUGGAGGUUGCCCUGACUUUCUUAGAAAGCAACAGUGACAUAAUAAGCACAACAGAAGCGCACUACAUUGUUUUGUAGCAUCAUAUUACUCGAAAUAAUAGAACAAAUCAUGAAGAUAGAAUAUUAACAAUGUAUAGAAUCCUGUUUUUUUUUACAAUGAAUAAUUAAAGACAAAUAUUUAUUA